UCUCUGUAUGCAAGCUGGCACCGCUAGCUUGUUCUCCUCUCCUUCUACUUCUUCGAGCUACAAUCUUUCCGCGACCAUCUCUCUCUCUGCAAAAAAUCCUUAAACCCUAACCCUAAUUUCUUCCCCAAUCUGUAAAUAACCAUUAAAUUCAUGCUCUAACCACGCAAGCAACCAAAAAAAAUAUAUGAAGAAAAUGCUUCGUUUAAUCUGUUUCCUCUCAUUUCUCCUAAUCUCAGUCCCAACCGUAUAUUCAGAUAAAAAUCAAUCGAUUUACGAUGUCUUGAAAGCCCACGGGCUGCCGAUGGGGUUGUUACCGACGGGAGUGAAGGAAUUCAACAUCGACGAAACGGGGCGUUUCGAGGUACACCUCGAUCAGGCUUGCAAUGCUAAAUUUGAGAGUGAAUUGCAUUACGAUAUGAAUGUUACGGGGAGUUUGAGUUACGGGCAGAUCGGGGCUUUAUCAGGGAUUUCGGCCCAGGAGUUGUUUUUGUGGUUUCCUGUUAAGGGAAUUCGUGUUGACGUGCCGAGUUCUGGUCUUAUUUAUUUCGAUGUUGGUGUUGUUUUUAAGCAGUUCUCGCUUUCCUUGUUUGAGAUGCCUAGGGAUUGUGUUGCUGUUCGUGAUGAGGAAAUUGAGGCUGUUCGGCAUGGGAAGUUUAUUGCUGAUGCUGUCGCCAAGAGUCAAUCUGGGAAGUUAAGAUAUGGGCUUGAUCAGGAAAAUUUUGGGAGGGAUUUCCUGUAGUGUGUGCGGGAGAAGGUUACUUAUGAUGUGCACUAGCUCAAUCAAUUUGUGGGUUCUUCAUUUUACCUUGUAAAUCUCUUCAGCAGAGAGUCUGCUUAGCAGGUCUUAUGCUUCCAUUCAGUGUGUUUGCUUGCGUUCAUUUAUCCCAUAUAGUGCAGAUUAUGGAAAGUAGGGGAUCCAGCUCUUGUUUAUUCAUGGACUCCGUGUGGAUUCGAUUGGGUUGAAAGGGAAAAUUUAAGGAGGCUGCAGUGUGAUGACCGUCCGCGUCCUGCUUGCAGAAGAUAGAGGGAGACAGGAGCAAUUCGGUUGAGGUGAUUUCAGGUGAUAAAUUCAAUAUAAGUUCAAUUUAUAUGUUAAUUUGUUGUAUUGUGAAUACAAAAUAUGCGUGUCAUCCAUAUGGAGUCACUUUUUGUAGUGUAAGUUUUUUAGAUGGACGAGAGGCACAUACUCAAUGAUAUAAAAGUUCAGGAAUAAAAGGCUUCUUCUUGCUCAA